AUGAGUGAAUCAAUGGUUUCGUACCUGCCUGAUGAGGCUGAUAUUCAAUCAAUUUCUAGGCAUUCUAUUAGUCAGAAUGUGUCAAUAGAUGACGAAAAGAAGUAUGAAGUUGUUUUUGAUGGUAAAGAUGAUCAAGAGAAUAUUAAUGAAUCAAUGUCAUUAACUAGAAAAUGGUUUAUUAGUUUUAUUCUUUCAUGUACUUCAAUUUGUGUUACUAUGCUUUCAUCAUGUUGGUCAAUGGCAUCAGAACAUAUAAUUAAUCAUUUUGGUAUUAGUCGUGAAGUUAGUAUAUUGGGUAUUAGUUUAUACAUUUUUGGUGUUGGGUUUGGUCCAUUGUUUUUAAGUCCAAUUUCUGAAUUUUAUGGUAGGAAAUUAACAUAUAUAUUUGGACUUUCAUUAUGUUGUGUUUUCCAAAUCUUAACUGCAUUUUCUCCAAAUUUUGGUGGAUUAUUAUUUGGUAGAUUUUGUAGUGGUUUUUUUGGUUCUGCAUUUUUAUCAGUUGCUGGUGGUACUUUUACAGAUCAAUUUAAUAAGGAAGAAAUUGGUGCACCAUUAACUCUUUUUUCAAUAUCUCCAUUUUUAGGUCCAUCAUUAGGUCCUUUAAUUAGUGCAGUAAUUAAUGAGAAUUUAUAUUGGAGAUGGACUUUUUACAUAAUGUUGAUUUAUAGUACAGUUAUGCUUUUAUUAAUCUUGGUUUUCGUUCCUGAAACUUAUGUUCCAGUUUUAUUAAUUAAGAAAGCUAAAAGAAAAAGAGCUGAAACUGGUGAUGAUAAUUAUUAUGCUCCAUUAGAAAUCAUGCAAAGGGAACAAUCUGUUUUCUCAGCGGUAUUAUUUUCUGCAAAGAGACCAUUCAUGUUAUUAAUUCAAGAUAGAAUGAUGGCAGUUUUAUGUUUUUAUUCAGGUCUUCUUUUAGCUAUUCUUUAUUUAUUUUUCGUUGCUUUCCCAUAUAUUUUUGAUAAAGUUUUCCAAUUCUCCAAGAUUGGUCAAGGUUUAUCAUUUUUAGGUAUGAUGGUUGGUAUGAUUAUUGGUGGUGCAACUGCACCAAAAUUUCAAUCAAUUUAUAAUUCAAGUGGUAAACCAAGGUCAGAAUUAAGAUUAUAUCCUUUAAUGGUUGGAUCUAUAUUUUCACCUAUUGGACUUUUCAUAUUUGCAUGGACUUGUUUCUCCAAAUUACAUUGGAUAGGUUCAAUGGUUGGAACUGCAAUCUUUGGUAUUGGUAUAAGUUUAAUUUUCCAAGGUAUUUUUGGAUAUACAGCUGAUGCUUAUAGAUUAUAUUCAGCAAGUGCUAUGGCUUGUAAUAGUUUAGUUAGAAGUGUUAUGUCUGGUGUAUUCCCAUUAUUUGGAUUACAAAUGUAUGAAGCUUGUGGUGUCAAUUGGGGUGGAUCAAUUUUAGCAUUUGCAACAUUAGCUAUGAUUCCUUUCCCAUUUUUAUUUUAUAAAUAUGGUGAAACAUUAAGAAAUAAAAGUCCAUAUGCUUGGAGUAUGGAUUAG